AUGCCCAGCUAUGUGAAGUUUAUGAAGGAGAUUUUGUCUAAUAAGAGAAAGAUGGGUGAUUAUGAAAUAGUAGCGUUAACGGAAGAGUGUAAUGCGAUUUUGCAAAGGAAACUUCCUCAAAAGUUACGAGAUCCUAGUAAUUUUACUAUUCCAUGCACGAUUGGGGAGUUUGAAUGUAAGCAUGCACUUUGCGAUUUGGGGGCAAGUAUUAAUUUAAUGCCUUUGUCAGUAUUUCGUAGACUUGGUUUGGGUGAAGUUAGGCCAACCACAGUAACAAUGCAGCUGGCAGAUAGAUCUGUGAAACAUCCACGUGCAACUGGGCAAGCAUUAAUAGAUGUGCAAAAAGGAGAGUUAAGGAUAAGAGUGCAAGGGGAAGAAGUAGUAUUUAAUGUGUUCAAGGCUAUGACUUAUCCUAAACCAAGUGACAAUUGUUUCUCAGUUGAUGUGGUAGAAGAAGUAGUAGGGAGAAAAAAAUUAAUUGAGGAUCCUCUUGAAUUAAGUCUUACAGUUAAUGAUGUAGAUGAUGAGGACAAUGAAGAGGCUUUGAGUUAUUUGAAGUGGAUAAAAUCAAAUGAGUUGUGGAAGCAUAAAAAGUUUGAAGAAUUGGGCGAGGGACCGGAAAGACCAUUACCAUCGAUUCUGAAGCCACCAGUGUUAGAAUUGAAAGUUUUACCAAAACAUCUCUGCUAUGCUUAUCUUGGAGAAAAAGACUCUUCCGGUCAUAGUUUCAUCAUUUCUUUUGAAAGUAAAGGAGGAGAAGUUGUUGAGGGUGUUAAGGGAUCAUAA